ACGCUUUUGCUUUCUUCUUCUCUCUAGCUCUUCCUUGAAUCAGAUUUAAAUCCCAGCUUAUAUAGUACGGAUGAGUCUCUCUCGAUUGCUGGGUCUGUGAAAGUUGACUGAAUUUUUGGGUUGGAAUAUACACACACAUAUAUACAUAAAUCUAGAUGUGGGUUUUCAAGAAUUUGAAUUCCUGAGAUCUCUGAAGAAGCUAUGAAGCUUGGAUUUGCUUACAGCCCUUUUAGCAGACAAAAAUUGAUGUAAGCGGGGAUUUCAUCUAUUGGGAAACGACUUUUGAAAUACUACUAAGGUUCAGAGAAGUGCCUGAUAUUAGUUUAGGCAUCUUGGUUCCGGUUUACCAGUUUGAUGUUAGAUGUCAUUCCGCUGCAUAGCUCGGGAUAAACGAGAUAGUUUUAGUAGCUUAUCCCGGCAUAGUUUUGAUGUAAGGCUGCCUGGACAUCAUAGGGUAAAAUCUCAUGGUUCAUUUCAUGAUAUAAAUAACCAAACUUUGGUAAUUCAGAAUAGUCGUUGGGCUAAUCUACCACCGGAGCUACUUUAUGAUGUGAUUAAAAGGUUAGAAGAGAGUGAGAGUGCAUGGCCUGCUAGGAAGCAUGUGGUAGCUUGUGCAGCUGUUUGCAGGUCAUGGAGGAGCAUGUGCAAGGAAAUUGUCAAGGGUCCAGAAAUCUGUGGGAAACUUACUUUUCCAGUUUCUUUAAAGCAGUCGGGGCCUCGUGAUGGAACCAUUCAAUGCUUCAUCAAGAGGGACAAAUAUAAUUUGAUGUACCAUCUUUUCUUGUGUCUAAGUCUUGGUAUGCAUUCUCUAGACCUUUCGAAACAGCGAUUAAAUGUUUUUCAGCUCCUCAUUAAAUUUGAUGUAGAGCUUAGUUACAUGGGAAGAGAAACUUGGAGGAGUCAUGGAAUGACUUAG